CCCUUCCUUCCGCCCAUAUAUAAACCUCCACUCCUUCCCUUUCCUCUCAUCGGCCAUCGCCAUCGCCAUCGCCAUUGCCAUCGCCUCCGUCCGAAACCCCCAAAUCGCUCGCUACCCUAACACCUAGUGAUGUCCGGCAGAGCCGACGCCGAGCUCGGCCUCCUCGACGACCCCGAUCUCUUUCCGCUUCUGCCGGCCAUCGGUUGCUCCGGAUCCGUGCCCCUUCCUUUCCUCCCCGAUGACUCCGACGAUAUGCUCGUCUUCGGUGCCCUCGCCGACGCCUUCCGCUUCGGAUGGACCCCCUCGCCCUCGCCCUCGCCCUCAUCCGCCGAAGCCCCCGAUCCCUCCGCGCUGCCGACGAUGUCGUCCGCCACCAGGGGACGGCACUACCGCGGGGUGAGGCAGCGGCCCUGGGGGAAGUUCGCGGCCGAGAUCCGCGACCCGGGGCGCAACGGGGCGCGGGUGUGGCUGGGGACAUUCGAGACGGCGGAGGACGCCGCUUUCGCUUAUGACCGCGCCGCCUUUCGGAUCCGCGGCGCUAGGGCUCUGCUCAACUUUCCUCACCUCAUCGGCUCGGCCGGUGAUUCGCCUACCUGGUCUUCUUCCUCUAGUUCUUCCUCAGAAAAGCCGUCGCCCAAGCGGCGGAGGAAGAGAGCGACGGAAGCUGCUCCAAUUGCCAGAGUGUCGCCCGCUGAUCAGCCGGGGUUCCUCCCGGAGACCGAGCGAUCGGGUAACGCCAACCAUCUCUCGCCUCGGUAAGCUGAAUGGGUCGAGGGUUUGUGCGUGUUCUCAAUCUAUUCAGAUGUUCAUUGUCCUUGGAGUUAAUAAAAUUAUGGGCCAGGCGUAGGCCUGCUCUCGGCCCAUGUAACGGCCCAUCGCCGUUCGUAAA